UAUUUUGGUACUCCAGCUCUCUUACCUAAACUUUUUAAUUGGGCAAUAUAAGGAGAUAUUUCUGAUAUGAAAACGAGAAUUGAACAUGAUUACGAGUAGAAUUUCUUGUUUACUUGUAUCAAAAUCAAAGAUUAACUCGUCUUUGCUUGUACCUUGCUUAUCCAGAAUCUCAAGGCCUUUGACUGAUAACUUUCACCAAUGUAAAUCAAUAAUUCCAAGAAGUGAAAGACAUCUCAGUUCCCAACAUUCCUCAAAAAGCAAGAAAAUGGCUGAUAAAUUGACUGAACAACAGAGAGAAACCCUCUUGAAGGCUUUGCUGGAUCAGGGAUGGACUAUGGUGAAGGAUAGGGAUGCUAUUUACAAAGAAUUUCUAUUCAGUAAUUUCAAUCAGGCAUUUGGAUUUAUGACCAUGACAGCAAUGAUGUCUGAAAAAAUGAACCAUCACCCAGAAUGGUUCAAUGUUUACAAUAAAGUUCAAGUUACUCUCUCUACUCAUGAUGUGGGUGGUUUAAGCAUCAGAGAUAUUAAAUUGGCGAAUUUUAUGAACUCUGCAGAAGCUAAGGUUGGGGACCAAUAAAAAUAUAUACCUAUGUUACAUCUUUCAAAUAUGUUAUUGUUGUUAUUUUUGAGUAUUUUAUUAUAAAAUUUACAAG